CCGAGUCGAGCCGCGUCUGCUCCGCGCUCCAGCCGCUCCCAGCGCUGCCAUGGCCCCGGCCCUCUGGCCGCGGCUCUACCGCAUCCUCUGGCUGGCCUGCCUCCUGCCCUUGUCCCCGGCUAGGGUGGCCGCAGGCCUGUAUGAGCUUCAACUCACCACCGAUGGCCCUGCCACCACGGGGGCAGAGGUGACCAUCACGGCCAGCCUGGUGGCUGAUGACAACGGUAGCCUGGUCCUGCCCACCAGCACCCACUUCUACCACUUCCACUGGAUCCACACCCCGCUGAUGCUCACGGGGAAGACGGACGAGCCCUUCAGCUCCACCAUCCGCGUCGUGGGCAACGUGGCCGGGGACUUCCCGGUCUCCGUGUGGGUCACAGCGGCCGACUGCAGGAUGUGCCGGCCUAUGGCCAGGAGCUUCCUCGUUCUCCCCAUCACAGAGUUCCUGGUGGGGAGCCUCGUUGUCACUCAGAACACCUCCCUGCCCUGGCCCAGCUCCUACCUCACCAAGACGGUCCUCAGAGUUGCCUUCCUCCUCCAUGACCCCAGCAACUUCUUCAAGACGGCCUCGUUUCUCUACAGAUGGGACUUUGGAGACGGCACCCUGCUGGUGACCAACGAUGCCACAGUCUAUUAUAACUAUUCCAUCAUUGGGACCUUCACCAUGAAGGUCAAGGUGGUGGCGCAGUGGGAGCAGGCGAUGCCAGACGCUGGGAAGGGCACUAUGCAGAAGACGGGUGACUUCUCUGCCUCGCUGAAGCUGCAGGAAACCCUUCGAGGCAUCCAGGUCUUGGGGCCGACCCUAAUUCAGACCUUCCAAAAGAUGAUAGUGACCUUGAACUUCCUGGGGAGCCCCCCGCUGAGCGUGUGCUGGCGUCUCAAGCCCGAGUGCCUCCCGCUGGAGGAAGGGGAAUGCCAGCCGGUGUCAGUGGACAGCACGGCGUACAACCUGACCCACACCUUCAGGGACCCUGGGGACUACUGCUUCAGCAUCCGGGCCGAGAAUGUCAUCAGCAAGACACACCAGUACCACAGGAUCCAGGUGUGGCCCUCCAGCAUCCAGCCGGCUGUCUUUGCCUUCCCAUGUGCCACGCUCAUCACCAUGAUGCUGGCCUUCAUCAUGUACAUGACCCUGCGGAAUGCCGCUCAUCACAAGGACCUGGUGGAGAACCCGGAGCCACCCACUGGGGUCCGGUGCUGCUGCCAGAUGUGCUGCGGGCCCUUCUUGCUGGAGACGCCCUCUGAAUACCUGGAAGUCGUCCGCGAGAACCAUGGGCUGCUGCCGCCCCUCUACAAGUCGGUCAAAACUUACACGGUGUGAACGCCCCCAACCCCAUUUCAGCGUUAACUGACUGCCGGACAGGGUGUUUGGGGCAGGGUGGGGCAGGGAGGUACAUGCCGCCCAGCAGGGGGGUUCACGUUCACGUGUGCAGGGCAUCCAUCUAUACAGUCCAGCCACCUCCACAUGCCCUCCUUGGUCACUGCCCCCCAGCCAUCCGUCCAUCUGUACAGUCGUAAGCCCUUCUCAGUCUCCCAUCCUGGCCUUUGACGAGGCCCCAGGUCUUUGAAGAGAUUCCGACACUGGAUGUGGUCCCCCUUCUCUCCUAGGUGUGCCCAGCUGUCCCUCACCCGUUCUUCCCUGUGGGCACAUUUGCCAUCCAUCCGGGGUUCAUGCUUCCCUCCCCCAGGCAGCACUGCCCAGUCAGAGAGCUGGGAGGAAGCUCACAAAUGGUUAAUUUAAGGCUACAUCACGAACAGUACAGAGACAAGCGUGCACACACGUCACACAGACACUUCAGAUCAUUUCCUCUGUAUCAGUUAGUUGUGCGCUGGGAUGUUCCCGGAACCAGAACUAGAAGGAAAGCUGACCUUUCCCACGUGGCCCCGACCGCUCUGGGCCUGGUCCCUCCUUUGGGUGCUGCGCCUGUGGCUACUGGGUCCCCAUUCCCAGAACACCCUGUUCCCUGCCUGCUUGGGGGUUG